AUGAUGGUGGAAAUAAAGAGUUUGAUUUUACAAAUUCUCAACUCUAGUCAACCACGACCGACUGAUGAAGAGAGGAACCUGUUGUUGGUAGCCUAUAAGAAUGUAAUUGCUUGUUAUACAACUCCUCAUCAUGUUGUAUUGUCAAUAAGAGAUAGACUAGAAACAAAGAAUGAAUUUCAUAAUGUCAAGUUGACUGAACGAUUUAUGAAAAAUUUACAAGAAAAAUGUAUUGAAAUUACAGUUGAAAUUAUUGAAAUAAUAGAUAAAAUUCUACAAUUGGAAGAUCAAUCAGUAGAAGAUUGUGUUUAUUAUUGGAAACAAAAAGGAGACUUGUACAGAAAUAUUGCACGAGUUGAUUAUCAAAAUUCUGGACUGGAUUGGAAGGGAAAAUCAUUGGAAUGUUAUGAAAUAUCAAAUGAAUUUUCCACUAAAUUGAGUAUUCUGAAUCCCCUUAGAUUAGGAAUGAUUUUGUCUCAGGCAGUGUUUAAAUAUGAGGUUGUAGGGGAGUGUGAAAAAGCUGUGGAAAUUGCACAAACAGCAUUUUCAAAAGCUAUGAAAGAACUUGAGAUUUUGAUCGAAUCUGGUGAGGACAUUUCAAGUGAGAUAACGUUAAUAUUGCAAUUAUUGAGGGAUAAUUUGAGUAAUUGGACUGCUGAUGUUAAAGGCCCAGAUGAGGAUUAGUUUCUCACUAUUCAAAUUGUUCACAAAUAAUACAACGUGAACUCUAGAAUGACCCCAAUAUUUACGAAACUUUGCAGUCCUUUCACUAUUACAGUACCACUGAGUUCAAUUUGAUCAUAAUUUAUUGGUUAAUUAGCAAACAAUCCUGUCUAAAUCAUUUCAGAUUCUCCAUCUCAUCAUUGAAGACUGAAUUGGUGAUUGGUAAUUUGACAUUCAAACAGCUCAAGACAAUGAACCAGAAUUAAUCACCAUCCAUUAUCAAAUGUCCAAAACCUCAACCAAAUAUUCGAAAGGAGAGAUUCAAAGAUUUCAUUCUUAAACCACAGAAUUUGUAACUUGGAAACAAACAGUAAAUUUUCAUUGAAAAUUC